CCGAAUGGCCGCAGCCCCGGAGCUCGCCUUGGACGUGAUGAAGCAGAUCUGUCUCUGCGCCACCGCCUCCUUCUCGAGCCAGGACUGGGGAAGGAGUGAUGAGAAGCUGAUGCAGGCUGUGGAGAGUAACGACGCCACUCGAGUCUCUGCCCUGAUUGCCCGAAAAGGGCUGGUUCCUACCAAAUUGGAUCCGGAGGGCAAGUCCUCGUUCCACUUGGCAGCUAUGCGAGGGGCAGCGGCCUGCCUAGAGGUGAUGCUGGCCCAUGGUGCCAAUGUCAUGAGCACGGAUGGCUCAGGUUACAACGCUCUCCAUCUGGCAGCAAAAUAUGGACACCCUCAGUGUUUGAAACAACUGCUGCAGGCAUCCUGUGUGGUGGACACUGUAGACAGCAGCGGCUGGACAGCACUCCAUCAUGCAGCGGCUGGUGGCUGCCUGGCCUGCUCUGAAUUGCUUUGCUCCUUCAAAGCCCAUCUGAACCCCCGAGAUCGGUCAGGUGCAACUCCUCUUAUCCUGGCAGCACAGAUGUGUCACCCAGAACUGUGCCGUCUCCUCCUGCAGCGUGGAGCUUCUGCAAAUGACCGGGACCAACAGGGUAGGACAGCUCUGAUGCUGGCAUGUGAGGCAGCCAGCCCAGAGACAGUGGAAGUCCUUCUACAAGGAGGUGCUCGGCCUGGGCUCACAGAUGCCUUGGGCCAGGAUGCUGCGCAUUAUGGAGCCAUAGCAGGGGAUGCUCUGAUCCUGCACCUGCUACAGGAAGCCACACAAAACCAGGUUCCGACUAGUGAAGAGGAAUCAGCAGAAGUGUCUUCUCAGACAUCUCAGUCCAGUCGGGAAAGGGCAGCAGCCCCCAAGAAGAGGAAAGCCCCUCCCCCUCCUGCUAGCAUCCCUGUCCCGGAUGACAGGGAAGCUUAUGAGGAGAUUGUACGACUGAGACAGGAGCGGGGUCAGCUUCUCCAGAAGAUUCGAGGCCUGGAACAGCGGAAAGAGAAGAAGAGGCAGGAGCACCUGGAAGCAGAAGACAGCUCUCUGCAGAGCCUGGAGAGACAGGUGCAGGAGCUACAGCAGCUGUUGGCUGAGAAGCAGGAAGAGAAGGAGAGUCUGGGUCGUGAGGUGGAGAGUCUGCAGAGCCGCCUGUCCCUUCUGGAGAAUGACAAGGAGAACACCAGCUAUGACGUGGCCACAUUGCAGGAUGAAGAAGGGGAACUACUAGACUACCCAGGGGUCGAUGGGCUGCUGUCCAAGGGGCUGAGCCCUGCUGCCCAGGAAUUGCUAGCCUCCCUACAGGACCAGGUGGCAUCACUUACUAAGCAAAACCAGGAAUUGAUGGAAAAGGUCCAGGUCCUGGAGAACUUUGAGAAAGACCAGAUGGACUUGGAGACCUCAGCAGACUUCAUCCCCGUCCUCCUCUAUGACACUCUGAAAGCCGAGCUUGAGCAGAUCCGGAGGCAGCAUGAAGAGGCACUCCGGGCUCUGGAGCAGCGGGGAGGUGAAGAAGAGCCCCUGGGAGCACUAGAGAAGGAGGGGAAAGAGAAGGUGAAGGAUGAGACCGAAGGGAAGGCAGAGAAUGAAAAGGACAAGGAUUUAAUAGAAGUCGAAAAUGACAGGGAGAAAGAGAAAGUGAAGGAUAAAAAAAAGGAUAAGAUGGAAGUGGAGACAGAGCAAAAUCAGAAUGAAGUGAAUGGGAAAGAGGAGGAAAAGGACAAGAUGGAAGUUAAGGAGAACGAUAAGGUGGAGACGGAAGCAGCAGCAGCAGCCGCAUCAGGCGAGGACCAGAACGGAGUGGCCGCCACGCAGGCCAACCCUGGAGAGCCUGAGACUAAAGAGCCUGCGGCUGAAGAGAAGGCGAAGGCCAGCCCGGCCGAGGCGUCCGAGCAGCUGCAGGAAGAGCUGGAAUCCCGAAUCCGGGCGCUGGAAGAGACCCUGCGGCAACGGGAGCGGGAGGCAGCUGCGGAGCUGGAAGCGGCCAGGGGCAAAUGCAAGGCCGCCGAAGCCGAGGCCGGCCGUCUGCGAGAGCGGGUGCGGGAGGCGGAGGGUUCGACCAACAGCGGCGGGGCCGGCAGCGGAGACUCGGCGCAGCUGAGGGCCGCCCUGGAGCAGGCCCGCGAAGACCUCAGGGACCGCGACGAGCGGCUCCGGAAGCUGGAAGCCCGAGCUGAGGAGGCCGCAGCCCUGGAGGCCGAGAGGGACCAGCUGCGGGCGGAGAUGGAGAUGGUCCGAGGGGCGCAGCAGCGGCUGGAGGCGGAGGCCCAGGAGCUGCGGGAGGCGCUGGAGCGCGGGGCCCGCGAGCGGCAGGAGGCGGAGGUGCAGCUGGAGAGCCUUCGUGAGCAGCUGGCCUCCACGUGCGUGCCCCGACGCCAGCACCUGGAGACCGUGGAGGAGCUGGGCCGGGCGCGGGAGGCGGCCGAGAGCCGCGCGCACGAGCUGGAGAGCGUGUGCGAGGAGGCGCGGCGGGGCCUGGCCGAGCUGCGCGAGGCUUCCGAGGUGGCGGCCGCCGAGCUCCGCGCCCGGGCGCAGGAGCUGGAGCAGGAGCUCGUGGUCAAGGGCAAGGAGGCUGCGCGGCUGCAGGCCGAGCUGGAGCGCGAGCGGGCGGGCAGCGUGGCGCGGUCCGAGCACGAACGCGUGGCGGGCGCCCUGCGCGCCGAGGCCGAGCAGCUGGCGGCGCGCCUGGACGAGCUGGGCCGGAGGCACGAGAAGACGAGCGCGGAGGUGUUCCAGGUGCAGCGCGAGGCGCUCUUCAUGAAGAGCGAGCGGCAUGCGGCCGAAGCGCAGCUGGCUUCCGCCGAGCAGCAGCUGCGCGGCCUCCGUGCCGAGGUAGAGCGCGCGCGCCAGGCCCAGGGCCGAGCGCAGGAGGCCAUGGACAAGGCCAAGGAGAAGGACAGGAAGAUCACUGAGCUGUCCAAAGAAGUCUUUAGCCUCAAGGAGGCCCUCAAGGGCCAGCCUGUUGCCCCUUCCCCAGAGGUGGCCACUCUCCAGGGCCAGGUGAAGACUCUACAACAACAGCUGGAGGACACACAGAGAUGUCACAGCACAGUGGUGGCCUUGUAUCGGAGCCACUUGCUUUAUGCUAUCCAGGGUCAGAUGGAUGAAGAUGUCCAGAGAAUCCUAAAUCAGAUCUUACAGAUGCAGCGGCUCCAGGCGCAGGGCCGAUGAGAGGACUUGGGCCCUGGCCUCACCCUCUAGACUCUGGCACUGCCCAGGGCACACCUUCUGGACCUGGGCAUCGCUCCAGGGACACUAUCCAAACACAGGCAUACCUUUUGGACCCUGGCACUGCCCAAGGCACACCCAGUAGAGCCUGGCACCACCCCGGGACAACCUCCAAACCCAGACACUGUCUCUAGACUUUGGGCCCCCUCCCCUUUUGCUUUUCCAGCUCCUCCCACAAAUUCCCCCUUUUCCCAAGCUAUCUGAACACUCGUAAAAAGGGGGGGAAGUGGGGAGGGAUUGAGACAGUGACAUAUACAGCCUCUAGAAGCCGAGAUCCUGUGAUAAUCUUUCAGCCCAUGGCCUCCCCAUCCCAAGACACA